GUUCCACACCUGCGAAUGGAGUGCCGCCUGUUUGUAAAAGUAGGAGGGACGCGGAGAGAAAAGGAGAUGAGGAUGGAUCGAGGGGAGGAAAGACAGAGGGCUUCUUACGCGUGGGAAAGCUGCCCGGCGCCCUUACCCGCCUCCAGCAACCGGAGCAAAUGGGUGCGGUUGAACGUCGGCGGGACCGUUUUCCUCACCACCAGGCAGACCUUGUGCCGCGAGCAGAAAUCGUUCCUUUGCCGCCUGUGCCAAGGCGAGGAGCUGCAGUCGGAUCGGGAUGAGACAGGUGCCUACCUCAUCGAUCGGGACCCCACUUACUUUGGGCCCAUCCUGAAUUUCCUCCGACAUGGAAAGCUGGUAUUAGAUAAAGACAUGGCUGAAGAAGGGGUUCUGGAAGAAGCUGAAUUCUACAACAUUGGGUCUCUAAUCAGACUAAUAAAGGACAGACUGGAGGAGAAGGACUACACUGUAACACAGGUGCCUCCAAAGCAUGUGUACCGAGUUCUUCAAUGUCAAGAGGAGGAGCUCACCCAAAUGGUUUCCACUAUGUCUGAUGGAUGGCGCUUUGAACAGCUGGUGAAUAUUGGGUCGUCUUAUAAUUACGGGAAUGAGGACCAGUCAGAGUUCCUGUGUGUGGUCUCCAAGGAACUGUGCAGCUCGCCCCAUGGCCUAGGUUGUGAGCCCAGUCGAAAAGCCAAGAGCGUGGAGGAGGAGGAGGAUCCAGAGCUGAAGGAGGAACAGCACAAAGAGGAGGAGGAAGAGCAGGAACAGGAGGAGGAGACAGAAGCUGAGGCUGAGGCAGACCCAGCGGAGGAGAAAGGUGCAGCAAAUCCCUGAGGAAAAUCAUGACCCAGACAAACACAAGUUGAAAGCCAUCUGCUCCCUUUGGGUGAGAGCCAGUGGCAGGGAAGCAUUCUGAGAGGGGGGGCUCUGGGAAGGCCUCUGCGGGGAGCAAGCAAUACGCCGGGGCCAAAGGCUCAGGGAGAGACGGGGGAGGGUAGCUUCCUUUGGGCAGCUGCUGCUUUUUGGUGCAAAGGGGCUUUUAUGUUUUAAUGUGUCACAAGGUCAUCUAACCAGGGUUCUGCUGAUUGUCUCCUGAUCUCCUCCGUCUCUUUUUGGAGUCCCUUUUACCUGGCUUGCACUCUCUCUGCUCUGCACUCUUUCCCUUGCUCAGCGAUGCCUGUUUCCUCACCUUCUGUAAAGCCUGAGCUCCUGUCUCCUCUCUCACUCCCAUGCCUAGAAUCCUGUAUUUUUCCCUAGUCAAAAUUUCCUCCUCCUCCUCCCCUUUCUCCUAUGCAGGUGCCACUCCAAUUUCAUUCUCAGGCCUGUAUGAUUGAUUUCCUACUUCCUUCCCUUUUCAUGGACUCUUCUAGUGAGGUAUUAAUAGGGGGGCUGACUCCUUGUACUGAAUUUGUCUUCCAGAGUAACCCCCCUAUGGAGAGGGGGGGGGCAAAGAAAGGGGGAAAGUAGCUGGAAAACGGCAUAAACAAUUAUAUGGCGCUUCCUUUAUAGUGAGAUGGACUACUGGUCCAUCUAGCCCACUCCUAUCUUUCUCUACCCAAGAUCUUUUUUUUUUUUAAGCUGGGGAAGCUAGGGCUUGAAGCUGGGCCUGCAUGAAAAGCAUGGACUCAACAUUUAGUUGUGAUGGCCCGACCCAAGAUGGCAAAGAGGGCUGAUUUAUUGUGUGAUUAAAAGCAAAAACAAACAUCCCCCCCCCAAGUUUUGCAUCUCCCAAACUUGUUUGCCUAGAAUAAAUUGUGUAGGUGUACAUUUUGCUUGUAUUUUCAUAAGCUGUGGUUGCUUUUCUUAAGAGUGAUUGGCAGAGAGCAGAUAGUGUGGACUUGGGGACAUUAAUAGAGAGUGGGGGGAAGGGGAAAGGCUUUGUAGAACAUGGUAGAAACACCUCCCCCACUCAGUCCUCACCGCGUUGGUAUUGCCUAUCCUCUUGUGUAAGACUCAGAACUGGGGUUCUCAAUAAGCUAAGUGUUGCAGCAAAGUCCAGGUGCUGGCCACUGUCCAGUACAGAAUUAAGUGCACUUAAGACGAUUGAUUUCAAUUGGAGGUCCAAAGCAGAAGGGAGAGUGUAGCAGACAGUCAUUGUCAGCAUACCCAGGACAAAAGGGCUUCCUGGACAUGGCUGCCAAGUGAGAGACUGCUGGCGUUUUGCAUAAAGAUGUCCACAUUUCUCCCGCUGGUCUCCUUUCUCUAUGCAAAAAUAAAUUGUCAGAGCUGACUUAAAGGAGCUGUAGCUCUCUGACCUUGUGAAGCAUGCCCUACAGCCAUGCUGGCCACUUCUGUUGAACCAGGGUGCAGGUAGGGCUUUGUUCUGGGAUAGCUGCAAAGGUACUUUUAUAUUGUUUCCUGCUGAAGGAGAGUGGAAGAUCCACUUUAGGGGGUGGCUCACCUUUCCCCUCCUGUGCAGGAACUUUUGUGCUCUCAGCUGGAGCCUGAAUACAAUGUAGCUCUAUAGAAUUGCAAUGCUGGGUAUUCACAAAAGUGUUUUUUUCUCUCCUCCUUUCUCCCUCUCUUUCCCCUCCUCUUUCGCAUCUGUUCUCCCACCCACUGUGUGUUCCUUUUCUGCAUCCUUUUUAAUUUAUCAUAGUCUUGCUUUUUCCUUUUCACUUGACUUCACUCGGUCUUCCGGCUCUGUUCAUUCUUGUUGAUUCAAGCUGUUACAAACCGGAAAUCUCAGGAUGUAAUGCUGAUGGUCAAUUUAUGUGUGUGUGUGUUUAUUUUUUUUAAAUCUUUAUUUUUGUAUUGUGUGUUUGAAAGAAAAUAAUAAAACAUGGCUAGGGACAGA